GAGAGAGAGAGAGAGAGAGUGAGAGAGAAAGAGAGAGAGACAACAGGAAAAAGUGUCAGAGACAAAGGAGUGAGCAGUGUUUGUUGGAGGAGGAGAAGAGUUGUCGCUGUUGUGAGAGUGAAGCUGUGUCCGCGCUGACAGGAAGAAACACCAGGUGCUUUUCAGGCAUCGCCCCCCGGCUCCUGUUGCAUCUGUCCCAGUGGCAGGACGCCUCAGGGCCAGCGGACCGGCGAUGGGGAGAACUGCAGAGUUUUAGGCUCCUGGUGUCUGGAUGGAAGGAGCUGUCAUCGCAGUGAGGAUGGAGGAAGUGGAAACACACAGAGAGCAACCAAUGGCUGUGUGAUGGACGACGUGGCUGUCAUAAUUUUCUUCUGGAGGGUCUUUUGUUUGUGAUUUGGAUUUCAAUUGUAUCGCUCUUUCCUGGAAAUCCCAUCUACAGGUCCACUUCGUCUUUGUGACCUUUCCUCAUGUGCACCGUUCAGCAAGAACAGGUGUCGCCGUGUUGAAGCCACAGGUCUCAUUUACCUUGCAAACCCCCACCUCCCUCUCGACCACAGACACACACACACACACACAAUAGCUCCUCUCUUCCCAGCGGCUGAGAGGUUGCUAUGGCAAUGGUUGCCACGAUGCUGAUGUAGUAUCCUGAAGGUAGUCGCUGUGGAGGUAGUGGCGGGGCAGAGGAGGGGGCAGCGGCGGUGGAGGCGAACAAGCCGAGAUGGGGAGCGCUCCGUGUCCAGCCGGCGAGUGGAAGGGGAGGGGGCGAGGGGGCCUGCAGGAGCUGGGCUGCAUGCCCUGGAAGGUCAGCAAGCAGAAGUAUGGAGGAGGAGAGGUGGUGGUGGGAGCGGAGGAGAGGAGGUGCAGGGAUCCCAGGGACUCUCAACAGCAGCAGGAUCUCUCGUCUUCCUCCUCCUCCCUCACCCCUCCAGCACCUCCCCAGUCCUCUUCGACACCUCCAGCCAUUUAUCAUGAAAAGCAGCGGAGGGAGCUGUGCGCCCUGCACGCGCUCAAUAACGUCUUCCAGGACGGGACAGCCUUCAGCCGGGACACUUUGCAGGAGAUCUACCAGAGGCUUUCUCCCAGUACUCUGGUGACGCCCCAUAAGAAGAGCAUGCUGGGAAAUGGGAACUAUGAUGUAAAUGUCAUUAUGGCAGCCCUGCAGACCCGAGGGUUUGAGGCAGUUUGGUGGGAUAAAAGAAGGGAUGUUGGCAGCAUCGAGCUCUCCAAUGUGACAGGCUUCAUUCUGAAUGUGCCGUCCAAUCUGCGCUGGGGGCCCCUGCGGCUGCCACUCAAACGCCAGCACUGGAUAGGAGUCAGAGAGGUGGGAGGAGUCUACUACAACCUGGACUCCAAGCUGCGUAGCCCUCAACCCAUCGGCAGCCCGGAAGAGCUCAGGAAGUUUUUGCGCCAGCAGCUGCGAGGGAAGAACUGUGAACUGCUAUUGGUCGUUUCAGAGGAAGUGGAGGCACGGCAAACGUGGCGGUCUGAUGGCUGAGGGGUUAACCAGCCAAUCACAGCUCCAACUGGGCCAACAGCCAAUUUCAGAAUGAACGGGAGAGAAAGUUGAGUCGUGCACAGCCAAACACAAAUGGAUGCACACUUAAAGAUGUAUUCUUCCCUCUUUUUUUAUUUGGCUUUUGUUUACACGGCCUUUGCUGGACUCUUAUCUGAUAAGACGCAAAGCAGUGAAGGAAACACUUUACAGGGAGAAUCAAAGAAUCACAGGCCUCUUCUCACAACACAGUCAAGACUUGUGAAAAGUUAUUAUUCUGUUUCUGCUACUCUUGUGUUUUUAUAUAUAUUGACUAUUUUUCAAUGUUUUUUUUACUGUUCAAGUUCCAAAGUUUCCAAAGUCAUGGGAAUUCGAACUUUCUGAAAAAAAGCUGUGUUUCUCUGCUUGUCUCCAUCGGUGAUUCUCACCCAUGAUGUUCACCCGUGUGUUUUUCGUGUUCCCGUCUCUCCCUUAUGUUGUGAAUCUGUCGCUGUCCAUUUCCUCCAUCCUCACUUUCACCGAAGUGUGCCCUCCCUUACCUCAGUGCCACGCCAUCUUACUUCUCCUCUGUCACUUUGUUCACAUCACAGGACAAAGUCAGUGAUGUAUCACGUUGCCAACUUUGUAUUUCAUCCAUUUUUCAAACACUUCUGGUUCAGACUGAGCCUUCACUGUGCAGAGGCUGUGCUGACACAACCGUUUUAUAAUGGCAACAAAGCAAUGCAACACACAGGCCAUGCACUCCCUCUAGUGGAUCCUAAACCUCCGUUUCCUUCCUUGCUCUUUUUUUUUUUUUUUUACGGUUUUCACUUUCAAAUGGUCACAACAAAGUAAAGAAGUCUGCUUGUUAUCAAAGAAGUCAUUCUAAUUAUUAUCAUCCCUUAGUGAAAUGUCACUGUACCAAUCAAGUUAGGCCGAUAAAGAAAGAGGUCAUCUAAAUUAUUAAUAGUAUUUAACUGAUCUAAACAUAAAUUCAGAUUCUAACUUUUUCCAGGUGAAUAUUUGCAGGAUUGCUGAGUUGUUAAUGAAAAAAACAUGGAUCUUGUGUCUGGGACACUAAGUUUAACAAAGCGAGCAAUUAAUAUACAAAUACCAGCUCUGGAAAAUGUUCUGACUUUUUAUCGACUGUAAAAGAAAACAAUCAAGAAAAUAAGCCGCAAAUUCAUUGAUAAUCAAAAUAAAUUUCAGUUGCACCUUUUACUUCUAUGGUAACUCAGAAACUUGAAAUCUGCUGAUGAGGGCUAUUUUGAAAAAGGUAAAAAUGUCCACACCAGGUGGACUUAGAGUUUCAGCACAUUAUUUACAAAGAUAUCAUAUAGGUUUAAAGAAAUAUUGUCUUGCUUCUCUUGCAUAAUUACAAAACAAAAAACCACACGAGGACACAACACAGCAAACGUCAUUCUGUUCCUGUGUCUUCAUUUUUUCUUUUUCAAACGAUCUCCACCGCCGCAGCCCUCUGUAGCACAAGUGCCGAGCCGAUGCAGUGCUCCUCCUCCUCCUCCUCCUCCUCCUCCUCCUCCUCCUCCUCCUCUCAAUCAUCUCUUGUCAAACAUGCCAAACUCUGCUUCGACAGGACGUUGUCACUCUAGUAAGCGGUGAUCAGUAAUGUGUAAGGGGAUCAGUCUGAAGAGGGGUUUUUACCGGUUGUUUCUGUGAAGGGAAGUUGUCAGUUUGAGAACCAGUGGAUGUAGCGUAACGUGCCUGAGUAGUUGGUAAUCUAGAAACAGAAGUAACGUGAAAAGGAAACUGUAAGUGAAGUUACCACACGUCUUACCGGAUGUGUGUUUGUGGUUGGUCAUCGUGAAAUGGGCCUUAAAAAAGUCUGCUGUCGUAGCUUUCAGAUCUAUCAGUUGAAGAUGUUUAUACGAGUAUUGUCUGUUAAUGACGAUAUUGGCCUUAACUUGUUUACAUUAGAAAAACAACUAUAUGUAUAUGUGUGUUUCUCUGAAAGAGUGACAGGGGCUGUGCAGUUCCAUGCCAUUUCAAGAGAUUUAUUCCAAAGCACCAGUUUAUCCCAAAUUUAGAGGAGGAACAACUGUUGCUCAGCUGAAACACAGAUGAACUCGUCUGUAAGGGUUUUUUUCACUUGUGCAGCCAAGGACUUUAUUGUAUUUACAAAAGUUUGAAACUGAAUAAUUUCAUUUAAAAAGAAAAAUAACAAUAAUAUCACAUGAUUUUCAAUGGUGCAGGUCUUAUCUACAAUCCCAGCCCAGUGUGUAGACCUUCAAUGUCAUAAUAAAUUCAAGUGACGCAUCAGUGGGGCUGUGAUAUUUGGACCCAUUCACAUCAUUACUAGUGUCUCACAACUGCAUUCAACUGUUUAUUUGUUUUUUGGCACGACAAUCCAUUCAGCUGUUCCUGCUUAAGGAAUCGUGAUUGUCACUUUUGUUUUGCAUAUAAAUAAAAUGCUUAUAAUGGCACUUUA